AACAUAAAUAUAAGGAAAGCUUGUACUGUUUCAAUGUCUUGUCCUCAUUCAGCACCCCUUCAGCUACUCUAAAAUGUCUUUACUUUCAGUCCCCCAUGAAAGACCCGUAAAAACAGACCAACAAAACUCCUAGCUAACUCCUCCAAUCCCCAAAAUUCCCUAAAAAUGGCCGUUCCCAAAUUCACCUUCACCACUCUCUUUCUAUCCCUUCUUUGUCUCCAUACGCAUGAUGCAGUCUCAGUUCUAGAGCUACAAGAUGCACUGAAAACCAGUGAAGUUGAUGCCAUGGUGAAAAGGGUUUGCAGCAAAAAGCUUGAAGAUUGCUUGGGAGAUGAAGAAAUGGAGUCCGAGAGCCAAAGGAGGCUGCUUUUGAUGCAGAGAAGGUACAUUAGUUAUGAGACACUGAGGAGGGACAUGGUCCCUUGUGAGAAGCCUGGUGCUUCUUACUAUGACUGUCAUGCUGGUCAAGCUCAUCCUUAUAGUAGGGGUUGUGAGAUUAUUACAAGAUGUGCUAGAGGGAUCAAAGAUGUUGGAACCUAGAACCUUUAAAAAAGGACUCAAGUUUGAUGUAUUUUUUUUGUAACCGAGUCUGUGACAGCUUUCUGCAAGUGAUCAUGGGUUUCUUGAGCUGUUUAUGUUGAUUUUUUUUUGGGAUUAUUAUUGUAUAUUUUAGAGAUACUUAGCUUCAAAUUUCUAUAUAUAAAUGCAUGUUCUUAA